AUGUUGCAAAAACCGAGGAAUGGAGCCUGCGCCAGCGCCCAGGCCCACAGCAGCAGGGAUUUGGGUCCUGUGGGAGACACAGGGGUCCUGAACGUGUCCAGCGGCCCGAGCAGCUCUAAGGACACCCUGAACAGCUCAUCGCAGGGCUCGCACUCCUCCCAAACCGCCACCUACCCGGGGCUCCGGACCCAGAAGCAGCUGGAGCUGAAGGUGGCCGAGCUGGUGCAGUUCUUGCUGAUUAAGGACCAGAAGAAGAUGCCCAUCAAGCGGACCGGCAUCCUGAAGCAUGUCAUUCGAGACUAUAAGGACAUCUUCCCAGACCUCCUCAAGCUGGCUGUAGAGCGACUCGAGUACGUUUUUGGGUACAAGCUGGUGGAACUUGAACCCAAGAGGAACACCUACAUCUUGGUCAAUGCCCUGGAACCCUUGGAGGAGGAUGCCUCGGUGAGGGGGGAUCAGGGAACGCCCACCACGGGCCUCCUGAUGAUUAUCUUAGGACUCAUCUUUAUGAACGGCAACGGCAUCGCGGAAUCCGAAGUCUGGGAUUUCCUGCAGCGGUUGGGCGUGUACCCCACCAGGAAGCAUUUCAUUUUUGGUGAUCCAAAGAAACUCAUUACUGAAGAUUUUGUAAGACAGCGUUACCUGGAGUACCAGCGAAUACCCCACACGGAUCCUGCAGAGUACCAGUUCCAGUGGGGCCCGCGAACCAACCUGGAAACCAGCAAGAUGAAAGUUCUUAAGUUUGUGGCCAAGGUGCACAAUCAAGACCCCACGGACUGGCCAGCGCAGUACUGCGAAGCUUUGGUAGAUGAGGAGAAUAGGGCCAGCCCUGAGUUGAGUGGUCCAAUCCUGUCCUCUUGA